UAGUCGCAUAAAUGCGAGGAAGUCGGUCAGGAGGAAAUAUCAUCAGUCGGCAGGAGCUGACUGCCAGAGACUGUGGAUUCGUUUAAGCGGGUUCGGGGAACAACGCGGAGCCAGGUUCCGGACCGAGUGCGAAGUGGAGAGCAUUUCUCCCAGCCGCACCGACAGGCUGCGCUUCAGUGUGUAAAACUGAAGUAGCGGCAGGAAAUUCAAACGGAAAAGGAAGCGAGUACCACUGUCUCUCUCUGUAAGUUGUGCCACCGAGCGAGUUGGGAGCGCAGUCCAAUGGAAGGUCUUGUGCACUACUAGUCUGCCUCUGCGCGGCUGUGCGUUAAAUCCGUCGUCCAUGUAUCCUCCAAAGGGGUUUCACCUCUGCCUCCUGCUCCUUACCGGUCUCCAUGCUAUAUCUACGGAGCCCAGCUACCAGUUUGACUCUCGCACCAAUAACAUCGCAAUGAGCGCCCGCGACGGCGGCAGGGUGUAUGUGGCCACCGACAACUCUCUGUACCAGUUCAACCGGAGCCUGGCGCUGGAGACGAGGGUGAGCACCGGGCCGCGGGUGGACGGGCCGUGCACGCAGAGAGGUGGUUGCUGCGUUCCCUGGAAGAACACCGAUAAUGUGAACAGGAUCCUGGUGGUGGACGAGAAGAACCAGCAUCUGCUCACCUGUGGCACGGUAAGAACGGGCGCCUGUGAGGUGCGUCAACUGAGCAACAUCAGCGACUUCAAGGAGGACAGUUUGGGCCGAGUGGCCGCGCAAGAUCCCCGCGCCUCCACCGUCGCUUUCCCAGUCGAAUUCAAUCGAAAGUCUUACAUGCUGACGGCCGUCACGGCCACCGGCGAAAAUAGCAGGUUUGUCCCCCAAAGCUGCGUGGGCAAUAGCAGUUACUACGCGAUAGAGGAAGCGCAGGUCUUUCUGAGAUUACUGGAGGGAUCGGACACCUUUCUUCAUUAUGACUCCGCUUUUAAAGAACCGGUUGUCAAGUUUCCGAAUUCCGCGGAGCACCAAUUUGUCCAGGGUUUCUUUUGGAGCAACCGUUUCUACAUCUCACUCAAUACCAACAUGAGCGGCCCCCAGAUUUUCUCCGUGGAAGGUCCUCUGUUAGGGAACGACGAGCUGUUUCGGUCCGACGCUCUGGUCAAUGUAUCCUGCCGACUGACCGGGAAUGGAAAUCUUCAGGUUCUAUCAUCCGCCCACAUCCGGACCCCUCUCUCCCAGUCCUUCAUGGCUGUAGUCUUCUCUCGACAGAAACAACCCCAGCACAAUGCCCUCUGCGUUUACAACUUGGAGCAGCUUGACCGAUAUAAAAGCACAGAUCAGAAUCAAUUAGACAGAAUGCCACUGUUUAAUUACCCUGGAUUGCUCUCAGUGUCAGCAACAUUGGUGCAGAACUGGACUGUACUGUUCCUUGGGGCAGAAGAUGGACGAUUAAUUAAGCUGGUUCUGGAUGAAAAUAUGGAAGUUAUUCGCCCAAGUAUUCUGACUGAGCUGAGAGAUGAAUCUCCAAUACGCCACAGCAUAUUGCUUGAUAAAGUGGACCCAAAUUACUUAUACCUGUUAACUGAGAGGAUGGUGAGAAGGCUGAAGGUGGCAUCCUGCAUGCAGUACAGCUCGUGUGAAGGUUGUUUGGCUGCACAGGAUCCGUACUGUGGUUGGUGUAUUCUCAAGGGAAGGUGCUCCUUUAGGAGUGAAUGUCAAGAAGCAAAUUGGAUCAACAUUGCAAAACAAGCCGACAGCUGCCCAAAAGUUACCCUUAAACCUGUGGCAAUAGAUCGUACUUUGAGGGAAGAGCUGCAAUUUACAGUAACAUUAAAUGGAAGCCUUGGCAAUGUAAGCAGAGAAAAUGCAGUGUGUAAGAUGAACCUGGGGAACAAGGUCGUUUGUCGUGAAAGUUACAACACAUAUUGCCUCUGCAAACUGUCUCAUGAAACCUACAGUCAACUCUACAAUCAAGCAGACCCAGUCAUCAUUAAUGCGUCUGUUAAUUUCAAAUCUAUGAAUUUCACCACCAGCAUCAAGCUGCAUAAUUGUUUUAAGGUCGCCACAUCCCAGGGAAACAAUCCAUGUACUGAAUGUGUUAAUUCUGGCUGUCAUUGGUGUGCAUUGGAACAUAGGUGCUCUCCAUUUUGUAAACAACGUACAAAUCAGGCCUGUCCUCGUAUUACUCAUGCAGAACAAUCUUCAAACACCAGUAUUUUGAUUUUCCUGCAAGAUGCUGAAAUACUCAAAAAUUCUACCCUGAAGUGUAUAUUUAAUGGGAGAGUUAAGUACCCAGCCACGUGGGUUAAUGAUAGUGCCAUUCAAUGCCCCAGGCCUCAAUUUGUGGAGGAAAGGAGGGUUAUUCCUGUGAACCUUGUCCAUGUGGCAAAUUCCAAUAAUAUUAUUGAUAAUCCAAACAAUAUUACAGUCCACAGUUGUGAUGUCCAGAAGCCAAAUUGUGUUUUUUGUACACCGGAGAGGACUUGCACGAAAACAAUUGUUACAUCUAUAAAUCCAGUCCGUGUGGGUUCAUUUGGAAGGAGCAUAUUGAGCAUUAUUGGGUCAGAUCUGAAUGUUGGACUGAGUGCUACCCUUUAUGUCCGUGGGUUGGCUGAUACUAUUACAAACAAAUCAAACGAAUGCAUAAUUGAGAAUAGCACACUGGUAAAAUGUAUAUUACCUGAGGCAAUCCACGGCAAAAAAUCUGUGUGUUUGUUGUAUGACUCUGAAAAGGACUGCAGCGUUAACAGAACUGCCUUACUGGAGUAUGUCAUCAACAGCCAAAUUAUAAGCAUUCACCCAGCAGUAUCCUGGGUUCGUGGAGGCCGAAGAAUGAAGAUAGAAGGCAAAAAUUUAGAUGUGCUUAAGGAGAUGAAGAUAACUAUAGAUUUUAAGUCUUGGAUUAAUUGUUCAACUCAUAAUGGGACCUGGACCUGUGAAUCACCAUCUAUCAAAACUGAGACUCUAGGGAACUAUUCAGUACAUUUUUGCAUCUCUGGAUCUGAGCAGAAACUCUUUCUAAUGUACCAAGAGAACCCUAAAUUUUACAACUUUACGACGACUAUUGAUGAGAACCAACUCUGGAUAACUGUGAUGCGAAAGGAAGAUAAUUUACAAUUUUCCAAAAGUGAAAUUAAGAUAUAUGUUCCCAGGAAUGAGGCUGAUCUAGUAGAAUGUAACAUUACGGAGGUGACGGAAGAUAAAAUAAAAUGUGUAUUAAGCACAUUGAACUUUGCAAUCUCAAAAAUACAGGUGAAAAUUGGAGAACACACUGAACAUGUAAUUAAUGUAUCUCCCAGCAAACAUCUUUACAUUGCAUUUGUGAUACCUGCUAUGUUGGUGCUUUUCAUUGCCAUUUAUUAUUAUGCAUCUCAUCAGAAAGACAAGCAGUUCUCACGAAAAUUAGAAGCCCAAAUGGAGCUUUUGGAAAAUCAAUUCAGGUCUCAGAUUCGAGAAGGUUUCAUUGAACUUCAGACUGAGGGAUCAGAUGUGUACCUGAUAAAUGAUUAUAAUAUUAUUCCAUUCUUGGAUUAUAAACAUUUUGCUAUAAGAACGUUCUUCCCUGAGUCAACAAGUGAAAUAAAGUUUGUCAAAGAUCUUAUCAACACAACACCUCAGACAGAGCAAAGAAACAGCUUGAAAGAAGGAUUUAAUGCCUUGUACAGCUUCCUGAACAAUAAGCAGUUUCUUGUGACCUUAAUACACAUUCUUGAGCAACAGAAGGAUUUCACCAUUAAAGACCGGUGUCGGUUUGCUUCGUUCCUCACUAUUGCGUUUCACAGUAACUUGGUUCACCUGACACAUGUGCUUGAUCAGCUCCUCAAAGACUUGAUGGAUGGAUCCACAGCACAACCAAAGCUGCUAUUACGCCGCACAGAGACAGUGGUUGAGAAGCUCCUGACAAACUGGGUGUCCCUUUGCAUGUACGGCUUUCUGAGGGAAUCUGUUGGAGAGCCGUUAUUUAAACUGGUAUCUGCAAUCAAACAACGGAUUAACUUGGGUCCGGUGGAUGCCGUCAGUGGGAAAGCAUUGUAUACACUAAACGAAGACUGGUUGUUGUGGCAGGUUACUGACUUUGAAAUUCUGAAAUUAGAUGUUUCAUUUCAAUUGAACACUGAAGCUGACAUUGAAAAUGAUCAGGACAACAAUUCCGGUUUUGAAUUGGAUGUUUUGAACUGCGACACUAUAGGACAAGUAAAGGAGAAGAUUUUUGAGACCUUCUUCAAUAAAUAUGGUUACUCCCAAAGGUUUCAAAAGGAAGAUAUCGACCUAGAGCAUAUUAUAAAUGGAACACACCGAAGACUACUACAAGAUAUUGAUCAGUCAACGCAAGUCCUUGAAGCGGAUGUGAAGAAGAUAAACACUUUGAGCCAUUAUUGUAUUCCAAAUGGAGCAUCAGUAGUUGUGGUAAGAAGAGCAAGAGAUUCAAAUCCAGUUACUGUGGGUGAUGAGUCUGCAGACAAUCUUUGUCAUUUGAUCUCACCACAGUCAGAACCUGUAGAAUCUCCUGUACCAGAACAAGGCAAACAGAAGGUCAAGGUCAAAGAGAUGUAUCUAACAAAGCUGCUGUCCUCCAAGGUUGCACUUCAGCCUUACGUUGAGAAUUUAUUCAGAAGCAUCUGGAGCAUACAAAAUUCCAAAGCACCUAUUGCCAUUCGGCACAUCUUCGAUAUAUUGCAGGCGCAAGCUUACAAUAAGAAGAUAACCGAUCCUGAUGUGUUGCAUAUCUGGAAGACGAAUAGUCUCCCUCUCCGCUUUUGGAUAAAUAUUAUUAAGAACCCACAGUUUGUGUUUGAUAUUGAGAAGACCCCGCACUUGGACAGCUGCCUCUCUGUCAUUGCACAGGCUUUCAUGGAUUCAUUCUCCCUAUCAUCACAACACCUUGGGAAGCAUUCUCCAACAAAUAAAGUGCUUUAUGCCAGAGAUGUUCCACGUUACAAGGAGGAAGUGAGAAUCUAUUACCGGCAAAUUGCUGAUCUGGGUUCAGUGAGCAAGGAGGAGAUGGAGAUCUUUCUCAUGGAGGAAUCCCAGAAACAUCAGAAUGAAUUUAAAGAAAAGGAUGCGAUGAUUGAACUAGGGAAAUAUAUCCAAAAAUAUUCUGCUCAGCUGGAAAGCAGAACGGAGAAUGAGGGUCUGCAAGACAUGAGGGAAGCCAUUUCAGAGAUCCGUGAGUACUUCCACCACAAGUCCACCUGUGCAUGGGAAUGAGCUGUCUCCUCGGCAUGGAUUUGCAGACUUUGAUCCCAGGUCACAUCAAUGGCUGGGCUUCCGGUGCCCAUUCCCACUCCUGCCCCCUGCCCUAUGGCUUGGUGCCCACAGAGACAUUCAGCCCAGACUGGUCACCAGGUGCCACUCCACCUGGGCACAACUCUGCAGCCAAUCUACCAGUGAAUGGAAGGUUCCUGCUCUGACUCCUUGAAGAUUUAUACUGUUCGACAUUUUUACUACAAUCACUAUUUUAAUGUAUAAUUUGUUUAAGUCUACAAGUCAACUGGACAUUUUCACCCAAAUAAAAAUCAGGAAAAAAACUGCAGGUAUUGUAAAUCUAAAAUCAAGAAAGAAGAUAUUGUUAAUGCUCAGCGGGUCAAGCGGUAACUGUAGGAAGAAAAACUAGUCAUGUUUGGCACACAAACUCAAUUGAAAAGGUUUGGUUUACACAGCAGGUCAAGCUGUUUGAACUACUGAGUUAUUCCAGUCUCUGUCUCUGUUCUGGAUUCUAACAUCGGUAGUCUUUUGUUAAUUUACUUUAUUGUGGGAAAUCUGUUAAAUUUAAAAAUUAAGCUAAUAUGCAUUUUGCACAAUUGUUAAUUAUGUAAAAUAAAUUUUAAAAAAUUAUGUUUACAUAGCACACACAAAAAAUGCUGAAGGAACUCAGCAGGUCAGGCAGGAUCAGGACCGAUGAAGGGUCUUAGCCCAGCAUCGACUCUCUCCAGGGAAACAGGUCAACCUAUUGAGUUCUUCCAGCAUAUUUUGUGUGUUGCUUCAUUCCAGCAUCAGCAGAAUCUCUUGUCUCUAUAUUACAUAGCUAUUAACACUGUAUUCCAAAACAAAAACUGCACUGCUAAAGUUAUUCAUUGUGUUUGCACUAAAUCAAACUACUAACUGAAUCGUUCUACUUUACAAUGUAAUCUUGUACCUUUCAUUCUCAAUGUUACAUAUUAAUUUGUGUCAAUGUGCAAAUUACUUAACACACUGCAGGUUUGAAUUUUGUUGUAUUUAGUUGGCAUCUUACUUCCCAGUAAAUGAAAUCUGGAAUUUUCCAUAUUUUAUCAGAAUAAAUACAAGAAAUCACUUAUGAAGUGAC